UCAGUUCUCCUUAUGUUAAAAUAUGAACUUGAAUUUCUCACGUUCUGUACUUGGCUUUCAGUUCAAAGCAUCCUCUCCCUCUCUUAGCUUAUCGGGUUCACUUUCAGAUGGAUUGGCAAGGGCAAAAGCUAGUAGAGCAGAUAAUGCAGGUACUGCUAUUGGUGUUUGCAGUGGUUUCAUUCGUUGCUGGUUUGGUAUUGGGAUCGUUUCAGAUGAUGAUGCUUGUAUAUGCCAGUGGCGUGACUCUCACCGCCUUAAUUACUAUUCCAAACUGGCCUUUUUUCAACCGCCACCCACUCAAUUGGUUGGAUCCCAGUGAGGCCGAUAAGCAUCCCAAGCGACAGGUAGCCGUGAGUUCGAAGAAGAAAGGCACCAAGAAGUAGGGUCAUUUUGAUUUCGUCUUGGGUACUGUAGUCUGCUAGGUUUCUUGAAAACAAUUAGUUGAGGGGAACACCUUAUGCAUCCCUUUUAUCUUUCUUCCUUUGCCUAUAUUAUAUUGCUAUGAAACAAUUGAAGGGAAUUUUCAUUUUCAUUUGCA